AUAGAUUUAAUGAACGGAAGUAGUAUGGCUGCCUAGUCGAAAAAAUGUUUUGCAAACUUAUAAUUUUGUGCAUUUUGCACUUUACUUGCGGUUUUGGAAGUCAAGAGUUGACUGAUUGGUCAGCGUUGUAUGAUUACAAGGAUUUUGGCAGCUCUUCUCCAUUCUUCCAUGUCGUACCCGAACUUGCUACAGAAUCUACGUGGGGUUAUCAAGUCAGUAAAUACCCAGCUGAUUGUGAAGAUCAAAAUGUUACAAUUGUGAUACAACAUGGAAGUCUACCAGUGAUUAACCCACUUGGUGAAAAAUUUCCCGACAACUUUUAUGUAGUUAGAAGUCCAGCUUCAAGGGCAAUAUUUUCUCUUAUCUCAAAUAAUGUGACACUAGAAUCUACUGUGAGUAAACCUAAACAAGGACCAUGGUACAGUGUAGCAUACCUACCUCCACCUGAUAAAGAUAUAAGACCUAGUGAUUUGUUUACAAAGUGUAAAUACAAGAUAAGAAACUGGUUUUCUACUAAGACACUUGACAAUGUAGCUUCUGUUGAUGUAAAUGAAAAAACUGAUGUCAGAUUGCCAAAAAAUGGGAAAAGAAUUUUCAAAUUUUAUGUUCCUCUACAAUCACAUGAACUACUAGUUAAUUUGAAUGGCUGUAACUAUGGAAACCAGUCAGGUUGUGCAGUGACCUUAAAAGUAAGAGGUCAUGGCCUUCCUGGUCCAAAAGCUACAACUGUGUCAAAAAUUUGUUCUGAAACAGAGACAGACUGUGUUCUUCAACUUUUCCAGCCAGAGGUGAAUGCUUGGAAUUAUCUGGAGAUACAGUCUACUGUUGAUGAGACAUUGACUGCUUCUAUAUCAUUUGUACUGAAAGAAUGUACAAUGGAGGAGAAAUACUUACCUGAUUCUACAUGUCAGUUGUCUCCCUUAUUAAGCCGGUUCUCGUAUAAUGUCAAGUUCAAGGACAAGUUUGCACUUGUGAAUGGAACCAGGCUAAAAGAUAUAAGUUUAUCUCUAUCAGAAAACCAGUCACGGGGGAUUCCAUUCCAGUUACAGGAUGGGCAGGAUACUGGAGGCAGUCUGGUUCUCAAUAUGAAGCUUAAACAAAUUACAACCAUUGAUCCCAAGGAUCUGAAUGUGAAGAUUGCGGUUUGUCUCCAUAGAGAUGUUGUCCCGGUAAAUGUAGAUAUUCUCCACUGUGAAAAUGGUUACCAUGGUAAUGUUACGAGCUCAGCACCUGAAGGUCAAGGUUCUCUCAAGGUUGUGGUUCCUUAUCCUCAAGCUGGCAUAUGGGUACUUGCUAUGAUGAUGCAAUGUUUUAAACCUCCAAAAGACACAAGCAGUGACAUCGUAUUCAUUCCAUGCAGUACUGUGACAGCUGAUUUAAAUAUUACUAUAGCAACAGAUGCAUGUGUUGAGGGGAAAUGUUCUAACAAUGGUCGUUGUAUCAACUACCUUAAUGGUCAAGUUCUCUACACUACAUGCAGGUGUAAUUCAGGUUGGCGAGGUUACGACUGCUCUGACGGUAGUGAGGUUAAAGAUGGCAGUGCCCAACUUCUAGAACUUUUGUUACUGACAGUCAGUAAUAUUGUCUUCCUCCCAGCUAUCAUUCUAUCUAUAUACAGGAAACAUUAUGCUGAGGCCCUCGUUUAUACAUACACUAUGGUGUUUUCUGCUCUGUACCAUGCAUGUGAUGGGGAUAGAAUGGAAGGAUAUAAAUACUGCAUUCUGAACAUUAACAUUCUGAGUACAUGUGACUUCCUUGGCUCAGCAACCUCUAUUUGGAUAACCUUGGUAGCAAUGUCAAGGCCACCACUACAGUUUAAGGCUCUCAUACAAAUUGCUGGUCCCCUGGGAUUAUUGAUUGGUGUAUUAUAUAAGAAAACAAGUGCGUUCCUGUUCCUGGUACCAGCAGGUCUUGGAUUGUUGCUCAUUAUGAUAUCUUGGAUGUGCAGAUGCUGCUACAGACAUAAAUGUUACCCAACCAAGAAGAAAUAUCUGAUUUGUUUGUUACCUGGUGCCCUACUUGUGUGUGGAGCUCUUGCAAUAUUUACAUUUCUACAAGACGAGGAGAAUUACCUGUAUACACACAGUGCAUGGCAUGUUUGUAUGGCACUUAGUAUAGUGUUCUUAUUACCACCUAGAGAAACUAGAGGAUUUUACAAAGUAAAGAAGAAUGGUCAGGCUGCCCUACAGUCAACUUACCAGCCAAUAAGAACAAAUAGUGAUAACUAUGCUAUCUAAUAACCAGCAUUGAUCAAUAUUAUAUCAGCUUUUAACUUUAAUUUUAUUUCACUCACUUUACAGUGUGCAUUAAUUUCUUUAAAUUUAUGUUUACACAUAUCAUUUUCUGUCUUGUUAUUUUUUUGUACAAAAAGUGUUGUUUUUUAUUUACAUUUGAAUGAUAUUUUAUGCAAGAAAGAACAAAGAUUUUCUUUUAUUUACAUUUUUUUACAUAAAGAACAAGUUAUGAUUAAAGCUCAUCUCUUCUAUUAUUUACACUAACAGGGAUUAUUCUAAGCUCAAUUAAUGCUUAUUUUUAUGCUUUUAAUUAUUUUUAGUUUUUAACACUAAAACCUUUUUUAUCUUUUUAUUAGGGAAAUGUUCUGUGGCCUAAUCUUGAAAAAAAAACUUUCAACAUUAUCAAAGUAGUCACUAUUAAUUCCAUACACCUGCUUAGGUUAACCUCUUAACCCCACCACCUCUUCUGUCGUGGUGAAUCACUUGCAUAUAGCAAUGUUAAAAAGCUAUACCCACCUUAUAUUUUGAUAAAAUUCUCAAAACUGUUCAGCCCAGUUAUUAGGGAAAGUUGUACCACUUACGUCAGGCAGAUUUGCUCAGAAAUUGUUGCCUUUGUGUAUUUACUGUAGGUGUUUGUUUAACUCCUACCAUUCUAAAUAUGUUAAAUUGACUUGUCCAUCUUUCAAUGUGUAGAAAACAAUUCAUUAUUUUAGGGAAAAUUUCAAAAUAUAAAAUGAGUGAAUAAAGGACUCAGCAGAUGACACCCAUUUAGGUCUGCACUAGUAUCAUGUGUAGAUUCAGUUACUGCCAGAAAGCUCAGGGUUAAAAACAAAUUUUUUUUUCAUAGGAACUUUUUUGGGAAAACAUAAAAGUAUGUUAAACUUCUACAUGAUUAAUUUUUCAAAGUAUAAAACUUGCAAAUCAGUGUCAGGAUUGUAUGGUAUAUGGUUAUAUAUUUCAGCUUCUAUUAUUAAAUGAAAUAGUUAACUACUGGUUUUCUUAAUUUUACUUGAUUACAUUGUACUUUGGUCUAUGUUUCGUUUUCAUGUAGACACCAGUAGAAAGGGGUGGGAUGGGGUAUAAGUUAUACUGAGCAAUAAAUAUAAAGAGCUGUGUCCAUGAUGGGAGUUACAUGUUGUAAAGGGGAAUGCUAUAUUCCUGGCUAGUGGGUUAUAAUAUAUACAAUGACAGUCAGAUGAUCUUGAAGGCUUCAUGAGAACAUUUUUAUGUCUGUCACAGGUUUCAAGUUAAAGGGGGUAAGUUUAGUGUGACUAUAGAAAAAUGGUAAAAACUAGUAGUUGUCUGCUUAUGAAGUUAAUACAGUGACUUGGUAUAUAGGAAAUUGUUUGUUAUAAAGAGGAUAUUUAUUUGUUUUGCAUGUAAGAUCAAAAUAUAUUUCGCAGAGAGAACACCAGAUGAAAUAUUUUCAUGCAUGGCAUAGUCAGGAUUGAAAAUAUAAGAGCUGAUGUUAACCAGUGAAACAUGAUUUGAUCUUGCAUACAAAACAAACAGUUCAUGCUUCUAAGGGGUUUUAAAUCAUUCUUACUGAUUUUUGCCACAUAACAACAUGCGCUCUCAUUCAUGAUGUCAUCAAAUCAUCAUGUUACAUUGUUUGUGUUGAAAAAUAAUUUUGUAAAUUUUUACGAAUAAUGUUACAUUUUUAAAAUGACAUGUGAAGAUAUUAACAUGCUCCUCUUAAUCAAGCGCAUUUUACUCACAAUGAUGUGUAUUUCUGGCGAUUUUCUACUUAGAUAUAUUUUAGAUUUUCUACUUAUCUUAGAAAUAUUUUAGAUUUUUUUCUGAAUCUUAGAUAAAUUUUUUUUCAUCCACAUUCAGAUAAAGUCCAGCUCCUGUGAAAAUUAUAUUUUAUAAUUGCACUGCAAAAUUAUCACCAUAUAAUUUCACAGUCCACAAAAAAAGCAUGUAGUAAAUUGCUUUUAUUUUCCCACCUGUUUUAUGGUAAAUUGGUUAAAAUUCAUGACAGGUAAAAGUAAAUUUUCUCUGAAAGUAAAUUUUCUAUAUCCGAUCAUUUUUCAAGAAAAUUUUUAUAUUUAACUUAUGUACACAUAGUUACGUGCAGUACAUUGAUAGGGUUAUAGUGUGAGAUGGUAUUUAUGUGAUUUAUAUAUUUUAUUUUUGCCAUUUAAGCAGAGUACUAUUUGAGUUAGAUAUUUUCUGGAGUAUUUAUGAUUUAAAACAUGUAUGUUAUUGUACUGUCUCAUUUAAACCAGAUAUAUUAA